AUGACAUCUAUCGGCACAGGCUACGAUCUUUCCAAUUCAGUGUUCUCUCCGGAUGGUCGGAAUUUUCAGGUAGAGUAUGCUGUUAAAGCUGUUGAGAACGGCGGCACCGCCGUCGGUAUCCGGUGUAAGGAUGGUGUCGUUCUAGCUGUUGAGAAAAUCAUCACUAGCAAACUUCUAAAGCCUGGAGCGAAUAAGCGGAUAUCUACCGUCGACCGCCACGUUGGCAUUGUUUCGGCUGGAUUAGCUCCCGAUGGUCGUCAUUUUGUCUCUCGUGCUCGCGAUGAGGCCUCCUCGUGGCGAGGUAUCUACAAAGGUCCUAUUACCGUUUCCGCUUUAGCCAACCGUCUUGGUGGAUAUGUGCAGGCGUACACUUUGUACUCUAGCGUUCGACCCUUUGGCGUAACCUCUAUCGUUGGGGGCUGGGACUCUGAAGCUGAGCUUGCCGUGGAUGGCCAAGUGGGAAGCGGGCCGCAGUCAGGUUCCGGCGGGAAGGUCAAGGGUGCGAAAUCCGGAGGACCUGGUCUAUAUAUGAUCGAACCAAGCGGAUUAUACUGGGGUUAUUACGGGGCUGCCACUGGCAAGGGAAGACAGGCGGCCAAAGCUGAACUUGAAAAGCUAGAUCUAGCAUCGGAGAAACUCAGUCUACAGGAGGCUCUGAAGGAGGCUGCUAGGAUUAUCUAUGUUGCCCACGAGGACAACAAGGACAAGGAAUUUGAGCUUGAAAUGAGCUGGAUCAGCUCAGUAGACGGUCCAACAAAAGGCAGACAUGAGGAGGUGCCGACAGAACUACUUGAAGAGGCAGAGCGAGCUGCCAAGCGAGCCCUAGAAGGCGACGACGAGGAAGAGGAAGAUGGUGCGAAAACGACCGGCAAUGAGGGCGAGCGAAUGGAAGAGUAA